ACAGAAAAGGGGCAAAGGGGCGCCAAUAAUUACGAGGAUGCCACUUUAUCUCGUCUCCUCUCCCGCCGCCGCCGCCAAGCUCGCCGCCGGCACGCGCGCGUACCCUCGCCGACGCCGCCAGCUCCUGUUCCCAGCUCGCCACUGUCUGGGCCGCCGCGGCUCCCUGUCGUCGUUGUCUUCGUCCGCGGAGCGCUCGGCGGGGCGCGCAAUGGAUGCUGCGGAGGCCGGCACGUCGACGGCGCCGGAGGCGAGCUUCAGCGCCACAGGAGUGAAGCAAGCACUGAUAUCAUUGUCCGAUAAAACAGACCUGGCCAAUCUUGGAAAUGGUCUUCAGCGCUUGGGGUUUUCUAUUAUUUCCACUGGUGGCACAGCAUCAAGCUUGGAAGCAGCUGGAGUUAGUGUUACAAAAGUGGAGGAAAUUACACAUUUUCCUGAAAUGCUAGAUGGGAGAGUCAAAACAUUGCACCCCAGUAUACAUGGUGGUAUUCUUGCACGAAGAGACCAGAAGCAUCAUCUGCAAGCAUUGAACGAACAUGGCAUUGGGACAUUUGAUGUGGUUGUAGUGAAUUUGUAUCCAUUCUACAAUAAGGUCACCUCAAGUGCAAUAUCUUUUGAGGAUGGCAUUGAAAAUAUUGAUAUCGGUGGACCUACAUUGAUUCGAGCUGCAGCCAAGAAUCAUAAGGAUGUUCUUGUCGUUGUUGAUCAUGAAGAUUAUCCUGCUCUAUUGGAAUAUCUUGAAGGCAAGCAAGAUGACCAGGAUUUCCGCAGGAGGCUUGCAUGGAAAGCUUUCCAACAUGUUGCUUCAUACGAUUCUGCUGUUUCAGAGUGGUUGUGGAAGCAAUCAAAUAAAGGAGAUACAUUUCCUCCUAGCUUUACUGUGCCCCUCACACUGAAGUCUACACUUAGAUAUGGUGAAAAUCCCCAUCAAAAUGCUGCAUUCUAUGGUGACAAGAGUCUUUCCCUAGUAAAUGCUGGUGGUAUUGCAACAGCAAUCCAGCACCAUGGAAAGGAAAUGUCCUAUAACAAUUACUUGGACGCGGAUGCUGCAUGGAACUGUGUCUCAGAGUUUGAGAGCCCAACUUGUGUUGUGGUUAAGCACACAAAUCCGUGCGGAGUAGCAUCCAGACAGGACAUCCUUGAAGCAUACAGGUUGGCUGUGAAGGCAGAUCCUGUGAGCGCAUUCGGCGGCAUAGUCGCCUUCAAUACGACAAUCAAUGAGGAUCUCGCAAGGGAAAUCCGCGAGUUCAUGAGCCCCACAGAUGGCAAGACACGGAUGUUCUACGAGAUUGUCGUCGCACCUAGGUACACGGAGAAGGGGCUUGAGAUCCUGAAGGGGAAAUCGAAGAUGCUGAGGAUACUGGAGGCGAAGCCAAGCGGGAAAGGCAUGCUGUCCCUCCGGCAGGUGAGCGGCGGUUGGCUUGCUCAGGAGUCCGACGACUUGACCCCGGAAGACAUCACCUUCACGAAGAUGUCGGAGAGGGCCCCAGAGGACAGUGAACUCUCGGAUGCAAAAUUUGCCUGGCUCUGCGUCAAGCAUGUCAAGAGCAACGCCAUCGUGAUCGCGAAGAACAAUCGCAUGCUGGGCAUGGGCAGUGGGCAGCCGAACAGGCUGGAGAGCCUGAGGAUCGCCUUCAGGAAGGCCGGAGAGGAGGCCAAGGGAGCUGCUCUUGCCAGCGACGCCUUCUUCCCGUUUGCUUGGAACGACGCGGUGGAGGAGGCGUGCCAGAGCGGCAUCGCGGUGAUCGCGGAGCCCGGUGGCAGCAUCCGGGACCAGGACGCCGUGGACUGCUGCAACAAGUAUGGGGUGUCCCUCCUAUUCACCGGCGUCAGGCACUUCAGGCACUGAAGAAGCAGGGGCAGAGAGGAUUCUGACUGGAGGCAGCCUGCAAUAAAGCUGGUGGUCCUGAUUGAGGGCAUGCUUGGGUAGAAGAGAUUUGAAUUCAAAUCUUUUGACUUUAGUUCGAAACUUGCGCCAAAUCCUGAAAAAAAAUAAGAAAGAGUGUAGUAUACUGGAUAAAAGCGCCAGUCAAGGGGUCCGAAGAAGACGCUAUCGAUUCGUUUCUCCUCCACUGAUAUGUAACAGUUUCUUACUGUACAUUUUGUCACAGGCUGUUGGAUGAAAUGUUUCUUGCUUGGAUGCGAGAUGCUCGAUCA